UAGGCCAAAUGGGGUGCAUUGGCUCUAAACACCGCAGAUCUGUCAAAAAAGUUCAAUCUAAACCCGGGGGCACUUCCGGCCAGACCAAAGGCGUCAAUGUGCAUCAAAUAAAUGAUCCGUCGCUGAAAUAUGAAGGGGACAUCUCCAAAGACAGCAGUACCAUAGGCUUGGAUCAAUUCAAUAGGGACUAUAAAAUUUGUUCGGAAAUCGGUCGAGGCGGCUUUAGCCUUGUGUACAAGGUCAUUCAAAUUAAAACUGGCCAAACAUUCGCGGCAAAGGUGAUCAAUAAAAACAUGUUAGAGGACGACUUGGAACUUCUGCGUCGCGAAAUCUCCGUCAUGAGAAAAAUUGACCAUCAAAACGUUCUUAAGCUGCAUGAAAUCUACGAAGACAAACACAGGCUGUAUAUCAUCAUGGAGCUCGUUGAAGGUUCAGAAUUGUUUGAUCGGAUCGUAGAAAAAGGAUACUAUUCUGAGAAAAACGCCAGAAAUAUCAUCAUUCAAAUCCUAUCUGCUGUGGCCUAUUUGCAUAGUAUCGGCAUUGUCCACCGAGAUCUGAAACCAGAAAACUUGCUCUGCUCGGGCACCGGUGAUAAAGAAAUUGUCAAAAUCGCAGACUUUGGCCUAUCAAAAAUUUUUAGCGACGAAGAACAACUGCGUACUUCAUGCGGUACACCAGGCUACGUCGCACCAGAAGUGUUGAUGUGCAUGCCGUACGACAAGUCUAUCGACAUGUGGGGCAUUGGGAUCAUCACCUACAUUCUGCUAGCUGGCUACCCGCCAUUUUAUGCAGAAAACGACUCGGCUCUGUUCGAAAAAAUCAUGAAUGCAGAAUACGACUUCGACGACGAGUGUUGGCAAGACGUCUCUGAGCUGGGCAAGGAUUUCAUUAAGCACCUAUUGAUUAAGGAUCCACAAAAGCGCUGGACGGUCUCCAUGGCAAUGAACCACCCAUGGGUGAAACUCGUCGAUUCGGACGAUAAGCAGUUGAAAAUUACAAAGAGGAGAAUGUCUGAGUACAACAUCAAACGAAAAGAAGAAAGACUCAGACAGGAUGCCACUAAUAAAGAAUCAGACCUGACAAUUCCGACGAAAAAUGCACAACAGGUUUAGAAAGAAAGAGAGAAUGAGUACAUCAACACUAGACUGAUAGGAAGUUUUCAGUACAUGUCCCAAAUCUGACCUUUUUUGGCAGAUGUGUACAUGAAGAAAAGAAAUUUGCUGAAACAAGAAGUUCAAAUUUACGUUGCACAGACAAAAACAAAGCAAAAAUGAUACGCUCAUGUAUUCCAGUUUUUUUUUUAAUAAAAGGCUAUUCUUUUUGA